AUGGAGGCACUGCGACGUGCUUCCAUGUCGGAGGAGCACCGCACCUUAAUGGGUGUGGUGGUUGAAAAGGCUUCACUGCUAGCGGCGACCGCUCAGGCCGCCGAAGUAUCCGAACUUAAACGUAAGCUGGGGCUGGCCGAUGAGGAUCUAGUCCGCAUCAACAAGAGAUUGGAUGAGGCACAAGGCAGCACGGCUGCGGUUGAGGCCCUUCAGGGUGAACUGACCCAGGCCAAGGAGCAGGCAAGGGUGAACAAGGCGGCUGCUGAUAAAGCGGCCGAGGACUUGAAGGCCGAACAGGUUGUCUGCUGCCAGUACGAGGAGUGGGUGACCCAAGUAGAGCAGGCGCUCAAGGACGCCGCCGAUAAGUACAAGUCCCUAGAGGAGAAAAGUAAAGCCCAGGUGACCGACCUUGCCGAGGCCCUUAAAGAGGCCGAGGAGGCGCGGGCCGAAUCCCGAGCGGCGCGCGAAGAGAUUAAACAAGCCGGAGAAAUAGCGGCCGAUGUCUUUGCGGAUCUUCCGAAGAGUACCGCUGACGCCGUGCAGUUCUUCGGGGCUCAGGAUGGACACGCGACGGAGGGACUAUUCUGGUAA